AUGGAAUCCGAAAACGAGACAUUUAACUUAGAAGACUUACCGACGUUCUUAAUAUACAUUCUUGACAAAGUUGAAUUGGUAUGCUGUGAACAAACCACAGAUUUAAGCAAACUGGAAUCGCAUUUGAUUGUCGUUGAUAAAGUCGUAGGUCUGCUCAGAGAGUUAAGCCUGCCAGGUGUUUACGCGAUCCUCAAAACAAAUGACUUAGAACAUUUAAAGACACUUUCAGAUGUGUUCACAGAUAUCCUUUCCGCAAUGCAACAGCUUGUAUCAACACUGUCUGUAACACCAGCAACAGUUGCAGAGAAUGUUUGUGUAACUGACGGAAGAAACCCUGGGGAAGUUGGACGACCAAAAUUUCGCAUUAAAUCUGAAGUUUUAGAAGACCUACGAAGCCUUGGUUUUUCCUGGACAAAGAUUGCUGUAAUAUUGGGUGUCUCAAGAUGGACUAUUUCAAGAAGAGUUAAGGACUAUGGUUUGGAGGAUAUGUGUGGGUUUAGUCAGUUAUCAAAUGAAGAGCUUGACCGUCUCAUCAGAAAUUAUAUAGAUCACCACGGAACAACAUCUGGACAGACUUAUAUCAUAGGCUACAUAAAAUCCCUAGGAUACCAUGUGCAGCGCAGCAGAAUUAGGGAAUGUCUAGCCUUGCUAGACCCACAAAAUACUGCAUUGAGGUGGGGUGUCACUGUCUCCCGCAGGGUCUACUGUGUACCUUGGCCAAAUUCUCUUUGGCAUUUGGACGGCCAUCAUUCACUCAUAAGAUGGAAACUGAUUAUUGAUAGGUGCAUCAACGGAUUCUCUAGAAGAAUAAUGUUUCUUAAAUGCAGUUCAAAUAACUUAGCUGAGACUGUGUUAACAUUAUUUUUAGAGGCUUAUGGCCAUCGAGAAUUCGUGUAG